AUGGUCUUCUGCGGUAAACCGAGUAAAGGUUGCGGCGAAUGCCGAUCUCGCAAGAUCCGGUGCGAUCAAGGCCGACCAAGCUGCGCACAGUGCGCUAAAGGAAACCGGGCCUGUCCCGGCUACCGAGAUGAGUUGUCACUUAUGUUUCGCGAUGAGAGUCAGCAGGUUGUACGCAAGGCAAGGGGUGGCACGUCAAGGAGGCGGACAAAGAAAACGACAGGCGCCUCGAAGAAGAAGGAAUAUGCCGUGGCCGCGGCCAACAGCAAAUCCCCCGGCGGCGUGUCAGAGUCGCACAGCAACAGCAGCCUCAGUCCGGAUGAGUCCUUAUUUGUCGGAAAGGCGGGUACGCCAACACAGUCGUCACCGUCGGCACCGUCGGUGUAUACUGCGAGUGACAUCAUCGACUUCAAUGAUUUUGAAGAGGUGAAGCUCAUCAAUGAGGAACAGCUUCAGAUCCAGCAACUCGCGCACGAGCCCUGGAAUGCACAGCCGUCUUGGCAGCUGACGGUAAAUGAAGCCGUCAGCUACUUCCUCUGGCAUAAUGUGUGGCCUGGAGAGAUGUUUAUGGUGAAUUUCAAGCUCAAGUCACCCGGGCAUCCCAGUGCUACUUUGAGCGAACAGGCGCAGAUGGCUGCGCUUGUCUCUGUGGGGACGGCCAUGAUUGCACGUGUGCGGCGAACGCCAGACUUGGAUAGGGUUGCUGCGGAGAAAUAUGAACUUGCAACCACGCUGCUUCUGCGGGCAAUGGCCAACGACAAGGAAUCAAGAGCUAAUGCAACCUUAUCAGCAGUUUUGUUGAUGGCUAUUUACGAGGUGAUCACUAGCCGUUCUAUAAAGAGUAUCGAGAAGUGGACGAUGCAUAUAAUAGGAGCAACCGGGUUACUCCAGUUACGAGGACCGGAACACCUUCAGAGCGAGGAGGGCCUCAAGCUCUUUGUUCAGUUGAGAUUUCAGAUCAUCAUCAGCUGUCUCCAAAGAGGGAUACAUGUGCCAAAGGAUCUCCUGGAAUGCAGCAAGAUUGCGAUGUACUUACGACCACAAAUAGACGCCUACUGCGAUCGACUGAUAGUCAUAGCCGGGAAACUCUCGAACCUGCGAGCAGACCUUAUCCGAACAAAGAUCAUGACAGACCCAAAUGAAACGUUGUCAGCCGCGUACGCUAUAGAAGCAGAAUUGCUGGCUUGGGUCGCGGCUGGCCCGCCUGAUUUCUUAUACACAACAUAUGAGUGUUCUUCACUUGAGGAAUGGGUUAGGAUGUUUGGCAACAAACCUUUCCCUUAUAACAAUCAAUACCACGUGUACCGCGAUCUUUGGAUUUGUCAUACGUGGAAUCAAUAUAGGUGUGCGCGGAUUAUUGUCUGCGAAAUCAUCCUGAGUUGCUUUCGCCGGCUUUCGGCCUCCUCUCCGACAAUGGCUAUGUCCAAGGAGCUACAGAGUCAUUGCGCCCGGAUCCGCAAUGUUACACGUGAAUUAGCAAGUGACAUUUGCGCUAGUGCUGCGUACCACCUCGGCGUAGAGGGCUCCACUGCAUCCGAGUUCACCGUCCCCACGAAUUAUUGUUACGUCGGUGGAAUGCUCCUCCUAUGGCCGUUGACGCUCGCUGGGGGCUCAGAACCGAUCGACCAUCCACUUCGAAAGUGGACCCGGGACUGUCUGCGGCUCAUUGGGCAAAGCAUUGGCAUUGACCAAGCUUUGGCUCUCGUCGAUGUUCUAGAAACAGAGGCAGGGGUGUUUGAGGGGCUGGAGGAGACAGAAUCUGGAAUCGUUUUCCCGACAGGGGGCGACGCGAGCGCCUUCAAUCAGGUGUUGAUUCCGACGUGGAACGUUUAA